AUGAGGAUAAAUACUUUUGUUAUUUAGAGUUUUUCUAAAUUUCUAUAAUCUAAAGACAAAACUUAUUAUAAAUAUGGUCUUGUAGAUUGUUAACUAAAUGGUGUUACUUUUCAAUUUAAAACUCCAUAAUUUAAUGAAAUUGCCAAAUCAUAUUAUUAAGCAUUUUAAAAUAUGCAUAAUGAAGAAUAUUAAAAAUUAAAUCAAGAAUUAAUCUAAUAUAUCAAUCCUGUAUUUAUUUAGGAUGUAUCACAAAUUAUGAAUCAUUUUAAUAUUUUAGAUUUGUAGGCAUGGUAAAAUCUGGUUGUACAAAUAUCAAAUAACAUUGAAACUAUUACCUUAACUGAAAUUAAUAUAACACUUAAACAAUUAUUAAUGUUUUUGAAUAAGAAGUUCCGUAUGGUUGAAACUCCCUUUCAAAAAUAUCAUUAUAGUGAAUAUGAUUUAACACUAGUGUUGAAUGAGUAAUAAUUAUUUACUAUUCUUAAUCAAAUGAAAUUUAAUCCAACUGAUAUUAAUGUUUAUAUUGAGUCCUUUACUUCACUAAUUAAUAUAUUUUUUAAAUUUAGUAGAGUAUAACCUAUAUCAUUCUUUGAUGUCUAUGAAAUUGUGAGAAAUAAAUUGUAAAUUGUAUUAGAUAAUCAUCUAAAUUAAUUAAAUCUUAGUAAUUUAAUUACAUUGUAUUAAAGUUUCGGAUCAGAAUCACAGAUCAUUGAAUAAAUUAUUCAAAGACUAGGAGAAUAACAAAUUAAUAUCACUCAUUAGGAACUAGAUAGAAUUCUAGAAAUAUGGAAAGCUAAAGGAUUUAUUGAUUAAAAUUUAUUUCAAAUUUUAAAAUCGGAGAUUAUUUAUUAAGUUUAAUUUAAUCAAUAAUAUUAUUAAAAUAAGGUUUUUUAAAGAAUAUUUGCUUUGAUUUAUGCAAAUAUUAAAGAUAAAGAUAUCUUAAAUAUAAUUUAAGCAAAACUAUUAGCUUCAACUGAUUUGCUUCAAACUAAGAAUAUUUCAUUCCAAAAUGUAUUAUUUUAUAUAUUAUCUAAGGGUUACUUAACUUGUAUUAAAAUUCUAAAACUACGUAAUCCUGAAUUAAAAUUACCUGAAAUUUAAAUGAAACCUAAGAUUGUAAGUAAAAAGAUGUAGAAAUCCUUAUAAGAAAAUAUAUUAAUCAAUUUUACCAAAUAAUAUAUUGAAAAAUUAGACGAAAAUGUUUAGAUUAAAAUAGAUGCUCAGUGUUGGAUAUAUUUGAUAGAUAUAGCAUUAAUUUUUUAAGAUUCUAAAAUAGCUUUUGAAUUAUCAGGUUCAGUUUAUUUUAGAGAUAAAACUCUGACUGGGAAAAAAUUAGCCAAAAAAGAAAUUAUGAUUUCUGAAGGUUGGAAACCUAUUUUCCUUGGCAAUUAAGAAAAGAUUUUGUUCAACACUUUCAGUUUCAAUUAACAACAAUUACCAGAAUAAAUAGAGAAUUUAUUUGAUAACUUAUUUUAAGAAGCAUUAGGAAGAAAACUAUAAAAAAAAUAAAAAUGA